AUGUUUUCCGAUUUUUUAUAUUAUAUUACUGUCCUCAACUAUUUGAGUUCAGCCAGUGCUGCUGCCAUUCCUAGAAAUUCAAAAUCGAAUGGUGUUUUCAAAUUAAAUUUCUCCAGUUAUUCAUUAAGAGAAUUGGAUGAUAAAGAUAUUCCAGAAUUCGUGAAGAGAGACGUUAAAGAAGCUACUGUUUCUAAUAAAGAUAAUUUUUAUAUUACUGACAUGUACCUUGGAUCUAACAAACAGAAAGUUAGUGUGGAAUUAGAUACAGGUUCAUCUGAUUUAUGGGUAAUUGGGAAAGAUUCCGGUAUCGACACGACAUAUGGAACUUAUGAUUCAUCAUCAUCUAGUAGUUAUAAGAAGCUUAACGGAGACUUAGAUAUUGGAUAUUUUGAUGGUUCACAUGCUAAAGGUGAUUAUGUUACUGAUUCUGCAUCAUUAUCAAGUAAUGGAGACUUCACUUUAAAAGAUUUCCAAUUUGGUGUUGCAACUGACACUUCUAAAUCCAUUGGAAUGUUUGGCAUUGGUUUAACUGCUUUAGAAAGCACUGAUGAUAAAUACCCAAACUUCCCUCAAGCCUUAAAAGAUCAAGGUUAUAUUAAGAAAAAUGCUUAUUCUUUAUAUUUAUCAUCAAAUGAUGAUGCUUCGGGAACUGUGUUAUUUGGAGGUAUUGAUCAUGCUAAAUAUUCUGGAGAUUUAGUUAAGAUAGACAUCAACUCCGAUAACAGAUUAAAUAUUCAACUUGAGAAAAUGUCUGCUAAUGGAAAUAGCGUUGAUAUUGGUACUGGUGUAACUUUGGAUUCUGGGGCCACUUACUCAUAUUUAAACAGUGACAAUUUACAAAAGCUAGCCGAUGCUGUUGGAGCUACCAAACAAUCAGAUGGUCACUUCGGAUGGUCAAGCUGUGGCGAUGCCCCUGAAUCUUUGACGGUGAGUUUCAAAGGUAUUGAUAUCAAAAUGGGUAGAGAUUAUCUCGGUGGAACUUUGAAAACCAAAAAUGGGAAUCAAAUGAAAUAUUGUUCCUUAAAAUUCUUCGUUAAUGAUAACCAAAGUACUUUAGGUAACAAUUUCUUGAGAAGUGUAUAUGCAGUUUAUGAUUUGGAUGAUAAGACUAUUUCUUUAGCUGAAGCUAAGUACACUUCUGAUGAGGAUAUCGAAACAAUCAGUUAA